AUGGCCGAUGAUACUCGAGACACAAGAUCAGAGGUGGUAGACGCUGCGCUCAGCGAGGUGAAGCUAGAGGAUGGAAGCUCACCCUCCGAGCCAGAAGAUACAAUUGCGCUCCACGGCACAUACGAUGCUCCCACUCCUGAAGAUAGCAAGCGAUCGCGGUCCUCGACCCCUACGGCAAGGAAGUCCUCAUCCCAGUCUCCAGUCAAGAAGCAGAGUGCAAGCCAAACACCUAAAUCCGAAGAUGGCGAGGAAGAAAUCAUUGGGGGAGACAUCAUGGUCACAGUCGAGCCCGGUAAAGCGCCUAAACUCUCACGAAAAUCAUCACGAAAAGUAGUUGCACGCCCGCCGCAGCUCUUCGACCACGUCGAGGAUUCUACAGAGGAGGCCGUUACAGUAUUCCAAGUAAUCAAGGACUGCAUCUAUGGAUCUAAGUACAUGGGAUAUUCAGAGCACGAUGCCUUGGACUGCGACUGCUCUGAGCAGUGGGUCGAUGGCAAGAAUCAUGCGUGCGGGGAGGAAACCGACUGUAUCAACCGUGCAACUAAAAUGGAAUGCGUAGACGGAGAUUGCAAUUGCGGUGUCCGCUGUCAAAAUCAGCGAUUCCAACGCAGGCAGUACGCCAACGUCUCAGUCAUCAAGACAGAGAAAAAAGGGUACGGGCUGCGUGCAAAUACCGACUUAAAUCCCAAUGACUUCAUUUUCGAGUACAUCGGCGAAGUCAUCAACGAGCCGACGUUCAGGAAGCGCACGUACACAUAUGCCGAAGAAGGCAUCAAACAUUUUUAUUUUAUGUCCCUUACGAAAAGCGAAUUCGUCGAUGCUACGAAGAAGGGCAAUCUCGGUCGAUUUUGCAACCAUUCGUGCAAUCCCAAUUGCUACGUGGACAAAUGGGUGGUAGGUGAGAAGUUGCGCAUGGGCAUUUUUGCCGAGCGACACAUCAAAGCUGGUGAGGAGCUGGUUUUCAACUACAAUGUGGACCGCUACGGAGCUGACCCUCAACCUUGCUAUUGUGGCGAACCAAAUUGCUCCGGUUUCAUCGGAGGUAAGACACAGACGGAGCGUGCCACCAACUUAUCCCAUGCGACAAUCGAGGCUCUCGGUAUUGAUGAUGGUGAUGGGUGGGACUCCGCCGUCGCCAAGAAGCCCCGCAAAAAGAAGACUGGCGAAGACGAUGAAGAAUAUGUCAAUAACGUCCAACCACGAGGUCUUGAUGAGGAUGGCGUCCGAAAGGUCAUGGCCACUCUCAUGCAAUGCAAGGAAAAAUGGAUCGCUGUCAAAUUGCUCAGUCGAAUACAACGGUGCGACGAUGACAAGGUCCGCAACCGAGUCGUCCAAAUGCACGGCUACCAAAUCCUCCGAACCAGCCUGACCACAUGGAAGGACGACAACGAUGUUGUUCUCCAGAUCUUCGACAUCCUUUAUAAAUUCCCUCGGCUCACUCGGAACAAAAUCAGCGACUCCAAAAUCGAAGCCACAAUUGAGACGUUUGUUGGCUCCGAGCACGAAGAUGUCGUGUUUGAAUCAAAGAGACUUCUGGAAGAAUGGAGCAAGCUCGAGGUCGCUUACCGAAUACCAAGGAAGAAGUUUGACCCUUCUGCAGUUUCUGUAUUUGAACGACGAAAUACAGAUCGACCAGAAGAAGUCACCAAAUCCCCUUCCACUCCAGUUCUCGUCGCUCCUACUGGCCCUCGAAGUAACAUGCCCCAACGGAACCUGAACUUCAUCCCGUCUCGCCCUCCUAUUCGAAGACCUUUCAACACCUUACCAGUUGGUUGGUUCACUGCCAUGGAUGAAAAGGGAAAUCCAUACUACUACAGUAAAUCCGGCCAGACAACAUGGAUCAAGCCUACUUUUCCUGCGCCAGAGCCACCUCCACCUCCAAAAGCCCCUCCAAAGAGCGUCCAAACUGCGAAAGCUUUACAGGACAUCAUCGACAGUAUCACCAAGCCCGACCCUAGUUCUCAAACGCCCACUCAUCCCACCCCUACUGCCGACUCCACUCCGAAAGAGAAGAAACAUUCCGAAAAAUGGCGAUCCCUUCCGCAAGAAAAGCAGAUGAAGCUCUACGAAAACACUCUCUUCCCGCACAUCAAACACGUAAUGCAAAAGUUCACCAAGCAACUCCCAAAGGACGACCUCAAAAAAUUCGCCAAAGAAGUCGGCAAAAAGCUCGUAGCAUCCGACUUCAAGAACGGGCGCAUCGACGAUCCAACCAAGAUCUCGGAGAAACAGGAGAAGAAAGUGAAAGCAUACGUGCGGCAAUUUUUCGAGAAGGCGGUAGAGAAGAAAAAAGAGCUCGAUAAGCGGAAGAAGGAAAAGGAGAAAGCUAAACUCGCGAACGGCUUGGGCAGUGCUCAGAAGGUGAAUGGAAAUGGGAAGGAAGAAGCGGACGCGGAGGGUGAAGUCGAUGAUGAGAAAGCGGAAGACAUCGACCUCACCCCCUCGUCGCCUUCCCCGCCUGGCGCUCCGAGCUCACCGCGUGCAUCGACUACGCCGUCCCUCACUGAAUCCUCGCCAGAGCUCAAACGCAAGCGGACGGGCGAGGAGACACCGGGCGAUGAUUCGGACAGCAAGCGGUUAAAGGAGGAAGAUUUUACGCCGCCGCCGCCACCACCGCCGCCGCCUGCGGAGGGGAUGCCCGAUGAAACGGAAAUGGAGGGUAUGGAACCGGUUGUCUCGAAGGAGGAAACGGAAGAGCAAAGGGAGCUGAGGAGGCAGGAAGAAGAUCUCAUGCGCGAGAAUGAGGAAGCUAUUAAGAUGGAGCAGGAUGGCUCUCUUAAGACGGCCGAGAAUGCUCAUCACCAUUUUAAUCUUAACUGUCACGGCCUUAAGUCUGAUCACGGCAAUGGUGAUGAGAUGGAAGGCGUGGAGGAUACGAAUGGUAUGAAGCGUGAGAGGGAAAGUCUCAUGGGCCACUGA